AUGAAGAUCCUGGCUUUGCAAAAUGACAGAAACCGUAAGCGUUCCGUUGUUACAACAUCCACAUCGUCGCUGACCUCGUUACAAAAGAAUCUGUGCUGCCUUCUCUAUGGGCCUGGAAAAGCUCGCUUUGAGCACCGUGAAGUUACUCCAAUUGAAGAUCCCCGUGAUUAUCUGGUUCGCAUUUCGUAUGUGGGGGUCUGCAGGAGCGACGCCCAUUUCUGGACUCAUGGUGGUGUAAUGCGGAUGGUGUCUGAUGAGAAGCCCCUUGUAAUGGGACACGAAGCAUCCGGUAUUGUUCACUCCGUUGUACCAGCAGUGGCCAGUGUUAUGCCAGGUGAUCGUGUGUCAAUUGAGCCUAGCUUUUCAUACCGACGGUGCAAGCAGUGCAAGGCUAGGAGAUAUAAUCUCUACGCUGGAAUGAAGUUCGCAGCGGAUCCCCCAGAUAACCAUGGUACACUAGCACGGCUUUUCAGAACUCCGGGGGAUUUUGUAUACAAGAUCCCAGACUCUGUCUCUCUGGAAGAAGCUGUCCUGGUGGAGCCAUUUAGCGUUGCUGUUCACGGUGCUCGACUUGCUGGGCUAGCACCUGGGCAUGUUGUGCUUGUCCAGGGCUCAGGAAAUAUAGGUCUUCUUGCAGCUGCGACAGCAAAAGCCUUCGACGCGAAAGAAGUCUUUGUCUCUGAUAUCAAUCAGAGUAAGCUUGAUUUCGCUAAAAGUUUUGUUGGAUGUAAGACCUUUAUGUCGGAUUCAAAUUCUUCCCCUCAACUUGAACCAGUUAGGAUGAAGAAAGAGCUGGGAAUCGACGAGGGAGCAGACGUUGUCCUCGAGUGCACAGGCGUUGAAUCCUCUGUUCAGACAGGUAUUUAUGCUUCUGGACCGGGAGGCGUAGUUGUCCAAAUUGGCCUUGAAAAGCCAUAUUUGACGCUACCUGUUUUACAUAUGUGCGAGAAAGAACCCGUUUUCAAAACAGCCUGGCGAUACGCACCGGGUGAUUAUGAAGUCACGCUUUCUUUCAUCAGCUCUGGAAGAAUUUCUGUCAGGUCCUUGAUCAGCACUAUCGUCCCAUUUGAGAAAGCGCCUGAUGCUUGGGAGAUGACAAAAAAUGGGCAUGGCAUCAAAAAUCUUAUCCAAAGUGUUCAAGAUGAUUGA